GAUUCAGAGUGAGCCUGACCGAGGAAGAGGUGCAUGCAGCACUGGCUGAUGUGGGCUGCUGUAUCAUGGGUCAGACGACAGACAUCGUGCCGGCUGACCGUCGUAUGUACGCUACUAGGGGCGUUACCUCCACUGUCUUCUCCCUGCCACUCAUCGUCUCAUCCAUCGUGAGCAAGAAGGCGGCGGAGUCUGUGAAAGCACUUGUGAUGGACGUGAAGUACGGGCGAGGAGCCUUUUCAAAGACCAGGGAGGAGGGGGAGCAGCUGGCCCAGGCGCUUGUCAAUGUGACCAAGGGUCUGGGCAUGAAGGUAUGUGCCCUCCUUACCGCCAUGGACGUGCCCAUCGGCACUACCAUAGGUAAUGCCCUUGAGGUCCGCGAGGCACUUGACUGUCUGCGAGGCCGGGGACCUCCAGACCUCCACCAACUGGUCACUCACCUCGGGGGAGAGCUGCUAGCUAUGAGUGGUGUAACUGCCUCGGUGAACGAGGGUCACGAAGCCGUGGUGAGAGUCCUCUCAGACGGCUCUGCCAGAGCUACAUUCUCCGCCAUGCUCCAAAAGCAGGGAGUGAGUGUGGAGGUAGCAGAGUCACUGUGUGGAGACGAGCCUGACUACCACCACCUGCCCGCUGCUACUCACUGUACUCCACUGCUAGCAACAACGGCAG